UGUCAUGCAAUACACCCCCCGAGCGCACGGAUGCGCACACGCGUUGCCACAGCAGCGGACGCAAGCGGGCUCCAUACACACUCCGGUAGCACAACAAUACAAGCUCUCGCCGCUCCCCCUCUUUACGCCUCGCUCUCGCUAUGGCGGACGGCGAGCGGUCCCCGUUGCUCUCGGAUCUUGGUGAUGGAGCUCUCGGCGGUGGUAACGGUGGGGUGUCUCCCGGAGCAGCUCCACACGGUGCUCCGAACAAACCGCAGAGCCUUUCUCCGUUUCCGAGCUCGACUCAGCCCCCUGUGUUGAUGAGCGAGAACCCUCCACCGUAUUCCCCCCUGACGUCUCCAGAGAGUGGCAGUGCCCCAGUCAUCAGCUGUAGGGUGUGCCAGUCGCUCAUCAGCGUUGAGGGCAAAAUUCACCAACACGUGGUUAAGUGCGGAGUCUGCAAUGAAGCUACACCCAUAAAGAAUGCCCCUGCAGGGAAGAAAUAUGUUCGGUGUCCUUGUAACUGUCUUCUCAUCUGCAAGGUCACAUCCCAAAGGAUCGCCUGCCCUCGGCCUUAUUGUAAGAGGAUAAUAAAUUUGGGGCCAGUCCAUCCAGGUCCAGCCAGUCCAGAACCACAACCUGCUGGAGCUAGAGUUUCCUGCGGACACUGCAACAACACUUUCCUGUGGACUGAAUUUACUGACAGGACACUGGCUCGAUGCCCCCAUUGCAGAAAAGUAUCUUCGAUUGGGCAGAGAUAUCCGAGGAGGCGGAGUCUGUGGUGUUACCUACUGUGCUUGCUAUUUAGCGUCUCAGCCGCUGGUCUGAUUGCAGGGACGUGGUCCCAGGCACGUGUGUACGGGGGUAUUUAUGCCUCCUGGGCUGCGGUGUUGUUGCUGGUGGUGUUGACGCUGGCCAGGGCACUUUACUGGAGCUGCAUGAGGGUCAGCCAACCUCUCCACAACCUCACAUAGAGAGAGAGAUACGGCAAGAGAGGGGGGCUGAGAUUAGGGCAGUUGGGAAAAAUAAAGUCCACAGGAAAAGAGCUAUAGAGAAUCAAGGUUAACUCUUAAAGCUUGAUUGUGAAGGCUGUAAUGAAGGGUCAAAGUAAAAUCCAGGCUUGAGAAACGUGGAAAAAAAGCUGUUAUGGCAAAGAAGAUUAGUGUUUUAAACUUAUUUUUAUCCGGAAGCUUUCUUUGGAUGUGUUUUCAUCCGUGAAUAUGGACUGACUUGUUAUUCAUGGUUUCAUGCAAACGUGCAGUUAUGAUUCCUAAUGCUCCUUUAGUUUGAACCAUUUACACACAUACAGGUGUGAAUAUCUCACACCCUCUCAAACACACAAAUCUCUCUAUGAACUUCUUAAAUGAACCACACUACAAUACACGAAAGACACCAGUUCAACCACAUUCAACACAACAUUAGCUGCCUCUCUAGUGUCCAAAUACGCUCUGAAGCCUUACAAAGAGAGGAAGUACAGGUGGAUCUCCACUAGAGGGUGUUCCAAAACAACACACACCUGUAUGUUCCAUCACAUUACCUGUUUCUCUGUACAAACACUGCUAAUCCAAAUCGUUUGGAUGACAAAUAUGCUUAACAAAUCAUUGUGUAACUUGGUUUUCAUAAACACUAAAAGUUUAAGUUUGCUCCAGCACACUCUUUCGCCCUCUUUUUCUUUAGUUGUGAAUGUUAAAAACAGUAUUUUUUUUUUAAUAAUUGUGUAUAUUGCUUGUAAAUAUGUGUUGUUUAUUCCAUGAAUGACUGAACAGUUGCACUGUAGCUCUAACACGCUGUGAUUCCUUUUUAUGUUUUUAUUUAAUUUGCAAAAUGACUACUGAAAAACCACUACUGAUACUAUUUUGACUGGAAGGAAUAUUGAGAUAACAGCCACAAGCGCCUUUGGGAAAAAAGAAAAGAAAAGAAAAAAAGUUAUGUCUUUGUUCUGAUGAAGGUCAGCUGUGUUUCAUGGACUUUAUCACAAAGGUCAUUCAUUUACCUUUCUUCUCAUGUUCAUGUGAAGUUUAUCGUCAUUUUCAGGUACUCUAUGUUUGAACCCUGAUUAAAUAAUACUAAUGAUAUUAAUCAGACACUCCAUUUGGAUUUUAGACUCCAAGAUCUUUUCUUUUCUCUGUCAGAAUUCAGUGUCUGUGUGGGUUUGUGUUUGUAAGGAUAGGAAAACAAAAUUGAGAUGUUCAGAGCAUUGACUUAAUCACCAGUGUUCUUGCAUUAUAUUCUUCAAAAAUAUGCUAAAUACAUAUAUAAUUACAUAAAAGUAUGAUCCUAACUGUAAAUAUGGACUUCAGAAUCAGGAUCUGUAUUCUGUCCACGAGAGAAAUGUAAGGUCUGGACGUCUGGAAUCCCAAACAAGAGGUCAGGGUGUUAUUUAUAAAGAGCAGAAGGCCAAUGAUGGAGGUCUCCUCUGAAUUUGUUUACACAUGAGAUUAAGAUUACAUGUGAUUAAAAUGAUGAAGUUAUUAAAUGGCGAAAACACU